AUAGUACUCAUAGAUAAUAUUAUCUAUGGAUACUACCCCUUGGCACGGCAGACUGAAGCCAUAGUAUGUAUGUUGUGGUCAUACUGAAUUGAUAAAGGGACAACCACAAAUAUACUAUCUUAAAAGUGUGUUUACAAUCAAAACGAACACAUGGAAUUCAAGAAUUGCCACUAGACUGUUAAGUAUUCAACCUGUGAGUUUUAAAAUAUUAAAUACAUUAUUAUAUAGCGUAUUCACCACUCAACUUUAAAAUGCUUUUAAGAUUUUAUCCUGGAGAAGAUGGAACACGUGUGUACACUCUAAAGGUAAAGUAUAAUAUAGUUGUUUUAAUAUGACAAAAUGAAUAAUCAUGUAAAAUUAUAUUCUUUUAAAUAUAGAAAGUGGAUCCUGCAGGCAACCAAACGUUUAGUGCUCAUCCGGGUAAUGACCAUUUUAUUUUUUUAUAAAUAUUUUUAUUAAUAACUUAAAUUUAAAUUUAUUAGCUCGAUUUACACCUACCGAUCAACAUUCUAAAGAACGUAUUCGCAUAAAAGAAAGAUUUGGAAUUUUACCUACUCAAAAACCAGCUCCAGUAUACUAAAAACAAAAAUGUGUAUUAAGUGAAAAAAAAAAAUAUAUAUGUAAACUGAAAAAUUCAACUUUAUUGAAUUUUAAUUAAUAAAUAAAUAAUUGAUUAUCAUAAAAUAUUAUCACAGUUUGUUUUCAUUUGAUCUAACACUCUUGAUGUGUUAGAUUUAUGAAUGUAACAAGUGCCUUUACAUGUUCAUAUUAACAAUAAUAAAAACUUAAAAUAACAAUAUAUUAAUGCCUGUAGAAACGUUAAUUAAGUCUGGAGCAAAUAUGAGCUAUAUAUAUCAGAAAAUUUCUGCAUAGAUUUGGCAUUUAAUUUAUGUGUUACAUCUAAAGUGAAACUGAAAGCUUUUAAAUAUUUCAGUCUAUUAAAUAUUGGUGUCAAAGUAAUAUUUUUAUUGAGUUCUCUGUAUACAAGCCCUCUGCGGUAUGAUUGAAGCGUUUUUGAUAUGCUGGCAUCACAAUCAAGUUUAAUGUCCCGUAGGCAGUAAUGUAGUUGUUUGUUAUAAUCCUGAAGACAUUGUAAAUUAGAUAAUUUUAUUAGGAGGCCA